AUGGCGCUCGCGGAGGCCUUGACAUUAUGGGACAUCCCCGCUACCUCAAUAGAGGGGGCGCGGAGGUACCAGCAAGUCGCGACGGCGCAGGACAUCGCGCGAGCGUACAUCUUUCCUCAGGACAUCCGCGGGGGAGGAAAGAACAAGGUUGAUUCGAAGGAGCUCGCCGCUGCAUUCCGCGUCCUGCGUGCCGCCGGGCGCCUGCACAAGCUGCACGUUGACUUUAUUGAUACCGUCGAAGCAAGCUUCCGCUAUGUCAAGGAUGAUAUGGCUAGGUACUGGGUCGCCAUUGAGCAAACAAUCGCCGCCGAGGCUCAGGAGCAGACGCAGUCCGUCAUGACCGAGCUGUUCUCUAGAAUCGCAACAUGGCAGAGGCGAUGGGCAAGACCACUACACAUGUUCGAGGACGACAGCAUCUUGCGACAGUUCAACUCGCAAUUCCACAGAUUGCUAUACGCCGCAUUCCCCGCCUCCUUCCAGGACUGCCUCUUUCACUACCUCUCGUACUCGCUCGAAGCAGCUGGUGCACAUGAAGAAGAAGGCAACGUAAAGCACGCCUAUCCAUCGCAACACCUACUUGGGCUGAACCUCGUGCAUAGAUACGCAACGACGCUCAUGCGCGUGGCAUUUGACGAGAUCGACAAGAUCGCCGCCGAGGAGGCGGCCGAGGGCCUGGCUGAGCGCCGCUUAGCACGAGCGCGGCAACGCGUGUCCUCCAGCUUGAGCAACUGGAUGUCUACCAUCUUCCAGGGCAACGAGGCCCUCCUGCGUUCCAUCUAUUCGCGGUUCGACUACCACUUAUGCAAGUCAUUCUUCGACAUCCGCACGGACGAGCUCUUUGACAUCAUUGUCGACUUCCCAGAUUCCAUGGCUGCCCUUGAAGAUCUGAAGGACUGCUUGUUCAAGAUUGACCAGCGUGAUCAGGUCGUGGAGAAAUUCAAUGUCAAGCGUCUCCUCCAUCCAGGUGCGGAAACCAAGGAUGUCAUCUCGCAAUACAUCAACACCAUCCGCUGCCUGCGCAUCAUCGAUCCCGUUGGCGUGUUGCUGCACAAGGUUGCCGAGCCUAUCCGCCGUCACUUGCGCGAUCGUCCAGACACCAUCCGCUGCAUCGUGGCGUCUCUCGUCGAGGGGGAGGAACUGCAGGACGAGAAUGACCCUACCUCUGCUGCGCCUCUCGCUGCUAUUAGCGACAACAACGUUGAGGACUUCACCGACCCCAAAUGGGAGCCAGAACCAAACGAUGCAGCACCAGAGUUCCGAACAGGUCGAAACUCCGACAUCGUUGGGACGCUCGUCAGCAUUUACGAGACGCAGGAGGCAAUCGUCAAGGAGCUUCAAACCUAUCUUGCUGGGCGGCUGCUUGUCGUUGAGGGCUAUGAUGCGGUGAAGGAGGUCCGCACCAUAGAGCUACUCAGGGUCCGCUUCGGCGAGGAAGCACUGCAUGUAUGCGACGUCAUGCUCAAAGACAUGAGCGACUCGAAACGCAUCAACGACCACGUUCACGGAGAAAUCGACACCAUUGUCCAACCUCUCAUCAUCUCACGCAUCUUCUGGCCAGACAUCGCCCCUUCCUCCUUGCAUCUCACGCCAAAGUUGGAGGCAGCAGAGAAAGAGUACGAGGCCGCGUUCCAUCACUUCAAGCCCGACAAGCACCUACUAUGGCUUCAAGAGCAAGGUACGGCGUCUGUCACUCUCGAACUCGAGGACAGGACUGUCACAGUGGACGUCACCCCGCUGCAGGCAGCCGUUGCAGAGCUUUUCGAGUUUCAAGAUACUUGGACGGAGGAAGACCUCGCUAAGAAGCUUGAGGUCAACGUCAUUCUUGUUCGUGGUGCUCUAGCAGUGUGGGCUGGACACGGUGUGUUCAAGAGCGAGGAUGACGGGUCCUGGCGUGUUCUGGAGGUUUUGGAAGUAGGUGUAGAUCAGCAGGUGCCUGUAAUCGAGGCGCAAUCCGCUUUCCAGAGCAUUGACGGGGCCAGCGUUCAUGAGAAGGGCAGCAUCUUUUGGGGCCACAUCCGUGGUGCCAUUGCCGAACUUGGCCCACAGAACCUGUCGUCACUGCACCGCGUCCUGUCCCAUGACAAGAACUACAACAUGACCGUGGAUGAGCUAGCCAUGUUCUUGACGGCCGCUAAGGGGGCUCGGCGCUUGAUGGAAGGCCGAGAUGGCAAAUGGAUUCUGCCGAAAUGA